CUUGACUAAUUUGGAGCGUGGAGGUAAGGUGGCGCGAGUGUUAUGCUCAUAGACGCGCUUCAUGCGAGACGGCUGGAUCGUGGUUAGUUGGAGGCUCUCAAAUUGUCCAGUGAAUAGGAAGAAAUUUAUUGAAGUGAUAACGUUGGCUCCGGAGAGUCGCGCCAAGAUCUGGAUACCCUGAGGAUACUAGUUAGCUGUCUUCCCAUUGCAACCUCGGUCAUAGGACAGACAGUACAUGCAUGAACAGAAUGGCGCUCUCCCACGGUUGUUUGUCGCGCCUCGUUCUGCGGGAUAUCUGGACGUCGGGCAUGGCAAGCAGAGGUCUCGCUACGUCUGCGGCCGUUCUGCGGAAGACGCGAUGGAUGCCGACGGCACCCUCAAAGCUGUACAGAGUGCCGACGCGGCCUGAGAUCCCUGCAGACGAAAGGGAGGACAUGAAACGCCUGUACAACAACUACCGCACUGCGAUGAAGUCUUUGAAGAGCUACCUGCGCCAGGACUGGGAGCUGCGCCAGAGCAACCGUGCCCAGCCGGGUCACGUGCUCUCCCCGGAGCAGGAGGAGGCCGAGCACCGACAGCUGAUGGCGUUCAACGACGCCGAGAACGCGCGCAUGGCCGCCGAGGCGGAACAGAGGCUGGCCGAGCAGACCGAGGCCGUGCGCCGCAAGGUGGCGGCGCUGCAGCAGGCGGCCCUGGAGCAGCAGAAGAAGGAUAGCCAGCGCGCCGUGGAGCUCAUCCGCACCCAGGAGGAAAUUUCGCGCAUGUACAUUCCUCGCGACAAGCUGGAGGAAGAGAUAGAGAAGGCGCUGGCCGACGAGGUCGACUACAACUACGCCAUCGACAAGGACGGCACUCGAUACGAGGGGCGCCUCGCCAGGCCGUCCUAGCUGAGCCGAAGUCUGCCGGCGGACCCGGCGCGCCCGCCCGAGUGUGACGCGGGUCAACAGUCCGGACUGGGACCGGGCGAGGGCGCCCCAAGCCGCCUCUGUUGGGCGUGGGGCGCCGCCACAUUGUGCUACUUUUAGGAGCGUGUUUUAGAUGAAUUGUGUCUACGUGAUACUUAUGUGCGUGUAACGUGCGGC